AUGAAAGGCUCUCGUAAGGAUAUUUCAUGGUUUUUACUGCAUAUCAUGUGUAAUUUCACGAAUAUUUCGGCAAGCUGGCCACCGAUAAGCAAUUCUCGCGUUCAGUUAUUUGGUCUAUUUGACAAAGCAGAAAACGCUUCUGAAAUAACAGAAUUCACUCUUCAUUCUCGAGCAAUGUUCAAAGCAGCUAUUUUACUUUCUCAACAGUAUAAUAUUACCAUCGAAGGAUAUUUUAUUACUUGGCAAAUGUCUUCAACAGAUGGAAAUACAAUGGUAGCCCUUGGAGAUACAUGUCGAACGAUCUCUUCUUUCGAUAUUUUUGGUAUUAUUGGUCCAGUGUUCUCGCAAGAAGCGCAUCAAAUCGCUGAUUUUGCCAAUCUAAGUGGCAUUCCUGUGGUAUCCUAUUCGGCGACUGAUUUUGUUCUGUCCGAUCGAAACAGUUAUCCAACUUUUUACCGUACAAGCCCAUCGGAUAAUACCUUAGCAUUAGCACUUGCAACGUUAUUCAUUCGGUACAACUGGACAUCGUGUAUCAUUAUUUAUCAAAAUGAUGCAUACGGUAUUGGUGGUACAAAGAUUCUGAGCGAAACGUUUCUCAAAUAUAAUAUUGAAAUAACGAAUCUUAUCGUUUUCGACAUUGUUACACUUUCAAUACAAGGAAAUUUGAAAAGUUUUCUGUCCAAUAGUGCAUCACGCAUUGUGAUUCUCUGGAGUGUGCUCACUUAUAUCGAACAGAUUCUUCGAUCUGCUCUUCAGGCCGAUGUCCUUGGCCCACGUUUUACGUGGAUAUUAACUUCAAGUAUCUCGUUAGAUUCGUUCGAUCGAAUUUAUCAUUCAAAAUUGAUUGGAAUCCUCACAGUUGAGCCUGUCCCCGGCUCGAUUGUUGAUGCACCGAUUAAUACAACAUUGUUGAACGCUGCUUAUCAAGUUUGGAAACAAUAUGAUCCUGAUUCAUUUCCAGUAACGACAAGAGUCAAUCCUUAUGCAUUAUUUGCUUUCGACGCGACAUGGGCUCUAAUUCAAGCCUUACAAGGAUUUUGUUCUUCAAUCAAGAGUAGCUCGUCAUCAUGUUUAUCUUAUAACGGACCAUCCUUUUGUUUUGAUCGCCGUUUAGUUUAUUCAAAUUCAUUGUUAAAUACAAUGAAUUUACUACAUUUUCUGGGUGUUUCAGGUUUGAUUCAAUUCGAUAUGAAUGUCACAGAUCGAUCUAAUGGAUCAUAUUAUUAUGUUCAAAAUGUUCAACAUACUUCUGAUCAUAUCAGUUUUACUCCUGUGUUAAAAUAUGAUACAUCGAAUGGCUGGAAAACAUACCCAAAGACACAAGUUACCAUUUGGCCCGGAAAUUCUUUAAAUCCUUCCACGGGUCGAGCUAUGCUCGCAGGUGUUACUCUACGAAUCGGCGUGAUUGAAUCGAUUCCAUUUACAAUAGUCACUAAUGUCGUGGACUCAUCUGGGCAAAAUGUAACGAAACUAACAGGCUAUGUGCCGGAUUUACUUGAAUAUCUACAUAACCGUAUUGGAUUUGUUGCAGAUGUGCAAUUAGUGCCAUCGAGUCUAAGUUAUUCGGGAUUAGUUGAAGCAGUAGCCAAUGGUGAUUAUGACAUAGCCGUAGGUGAUAUCACAGUAACUAGCGCACGAAGAGAACUCGCAGCAUUUUCUAAUUCCAUUUCGGAUAAUUCCAUGCGCAUACUUAUGCGUAAAACAGCGACUGUUCCCGUUGAUCUCUUAUCCUAUUUGAAACCAUUUUCACCAAAUUUAUGGUUAUUAGUGUUAGGUGCCAUGGUUUUUGCCAGUGUUAUUCUUUGCAUAUUCGAACGCAAAGACAAUGAAGCAUUACAAAAUCGUUCGAUCAUCUCAUCCGCUGCUAUGAGUUUGUGGUUUGCAUUUGGAACUCUCGUCGGAUAUGGUGCCGACUUUCACGCUCAGACGGCUGCUGGACGCUUAGUCAGUGUCGGAUUGUAUAUGUUGAGUUUAGUUCUGGUUGCAUCGUAUACUGCCAAUUUAGCAUCGGAUUUAACGAUUUUGAAGACAAAAGAUUUAAUCGAUGGAAUCGACGAUAUGAAAAAUGGCAAGAUCCCGUUCAACCGGAUAGGUAUUCGCGUUGGCACUGCAGGUGAAGAUUAUUAUUUACGAGAAAUCUCCAGUGGCAAUCGAAAUUUUUAUUCUUUGAAAUCUCGACAAGAAAUGUACGAUGCUCUACUCGCUGGAAUUAUCGAUGCAUCAUUCAUGGAUUCUGGCACCGCUGAAUACGUAACAAAUAAUAUUUAUUGUAAUUUAACAUUAAUCGGGGAGGAUUUUGAUAAAAGCGCAUUCGGCAUAGUUACACCAAAACAGUGGCUGUAUGCGAAAGAUCUAGAUGUCAACAUUUUAUCACUAAGAGAGACAGGUAUUCUUGAUAGUUUGAAGAAAAAAUGGUUUGAAGCAAAGUUAUGUCCAACAGCUAAUGAACCAUCAACUGCCUUAGGACUUGAGUCAUUAAGUGGCCUAUUUCUUACAUUUGUUAUCAUCUGUGUUAUGUCAUUGGGAGUAUUCGUGUGGUAUAAUCGAGAUACUGUGCAGAACUAUUUGCCGAAUAUGCUAGCUCGCAAAAUACUAUUACCCAGAACAGAAACUUAUAUCGUAAAUUUUUCAAUUAACAAUCAAACUUCAACUUUAUCUUCACCUCCUAGAUCGCAAAUUCAUAUGUAG